UUCGCUCCCGGAAGCGGGUCCGGCGCCGGCGAGACUGCACGGAACCGCGGGUGGGCUAGAGCGGCGCUGCGGCGUGGAGCCAGCGGGCGAUGGAGGACGAGAGGAGUUUCUCGGACAUCUGUGGCGGGCGCCUGGUCCUGCAGCGUCGCUACUACUCGCCAUUCUGCCGGGAGUUUUGCCUUACCUGCCCUCGGCUCUCGCUGUGCUCGCUCACUGCUGUCACCUGCACCGUGUGGCUGGCGGCCUACGGACUCUUCACUCUCUGGGAGAACAGCAUGAUCCUCUCUGCUGCCAUCUUCAUCACCCUCUUAGGCUUGCUUGGAUACCUCCAUUUUGUGAAGAUUGAUCAAGAGACUUUGUUAAUCAUUGAUUCCCUUGGCAUCCAGAUGACUUCAUCCUAUGCUUCAGGCAAAGAAAGCACCACCUUCAUAGAGAUGGGCAACGUCAAGGAUGUUGUCAUAAACGAGGCUAUUUACAUGCAGAAGGUGAUUUACUACCUCUGCAUUUUAUUGAAGGAUCCAGUGGAACCACAUAAGAUAUCCCAAGUAGUACCUGUCUUCCAGAGUGCCAAGCCCCGGCUGGAUUGCUUGAUUGAAGUGUACAGGAGCUGCCAGGAGAUUCUGGCGCACCAGAAAGCCACAUCAACAAGCCCAUGAGUCCCAGCAUUAAGAAGGCCAGUAUUAUCUUCCAUGGGAAAUGACUGCUAAGCCAUAGUGGCUGGUUUGUUUUCUGUACUAUAAACCAUCAGGUGGACACUGUCCUAGGAACCAGAAUGAAUGCAGUAAAUCUCAGAGCCAUAGAGCAGGUGACUGGAAAUCUGACUCAAAGUAUUUUUAUGUAUUAGUGUUCUCCUUAGAAAGUUUUGCCUAUUUUACUAGAGGGGAAACUAAGAAUUUUGACAUGAUGUAUCAAAAGCAAUGUCAGCAGAGAGCACUUUGUAAAAUUCCUAAUAAGCACAUUCAAGUUUAAACUGUGUUGAAAUUUGUGGAGCAAGACAUUGAGAAACUGGUAUCAGAACUCACACAAAAGGCAUAAUUUCUAUUUGAGUAGUAUCUCUGUGAAAGUUAAGGAAAAACCAUGAAGCUUUUUAGGUAUGGAUUAGCAGGAAUAAAUGUCCUACAAAAGCCUAUUCUCUGUCUACCUAGCUUCUGUGUUCUGUAUAGGGUUAAUUGAUGGUGCUUUUCUUAAUAAACAGAUCUCCUUCCAAAACAUACACAGUAAUUGCCUGAUUUGCAGACAGCUACUUUUUAUUGACAAAAAUGAUCAUGACAUUUCAGUCAUGGGUGUCAAACACAUUGAUACUUUUCUGUUAUUCAGCAUUUUCUAUUAUUUCAAAAGUUACUUUUGCCAAAAGGCAGGGAGACAAAAUGCAAGACAGAAAAUUUACUUGUUUCCAAACAUGGUAUUCAUAUUAAAGAAGGGUAAACAAACUCUGGAAGCCUAUGUUUCUAGGGCAGUUUCUUCUCUAUAAAAUUAAUAAAAACAAAGGAAAAUUCCUGAAGAGUCAGGAAGUAGGAAAGAUGGUGAGGGAAGUAGUUUGACUCCUAGAUUCAGUAUGAACAUAAUGAACCUUACUCUUUCUUUAGAACCCUAUUUUUAAAAAAAUGCCCUAGUUAGCUCAUAUAUCCUCAUUGGUCUUAGAGACACUCAGGAUAUAAAACCAGAGCUGUAAUCUCUGCUUUUUACACCAGCCUUGGCAGGGUUAUCCAAGAGCCUAUGUUAGGUGAUUUGUUAGAGGUAGAAUGUCUCAGCUAGACCCCCAGGUCCUGGGAGGUGGUGGUGGGUGGGAAUCAGAAAUAGCUAUAAAACUGCCUGCCUUGCAAAGUCAACUUCAUUUAAAAGAGACAGACUCUCAUGCCUCUUUUUUCCCCGCCCACUGUGCUUGUUUAAAGGUUGAGAGGGAAAGCUUACAGGAGCUGAAGUGAUCAGAUAAAAUUAGUUCCAGCCUCAUGGUUUUUGCAUGUGCAACACUUACAUCACUAGGGUUAAAAGUUUGGUUCUUGGGCGCUCUUACUAGCCAGUUUUCAGCAUUUUAUGAAAAAUGUUAAGAGUACCUUAGAGCUAUGAAAUAAAACUCUGUUUCUCAGAUGUUGGAAAAUUGGGAGUAUGAACACCCCCCUGCCCCCGGCCCCCGGGGAAAAUGUAGGCACAGAGCAUUUCUCCUGCACUCAAUUAGAAUAUUUGAGUUGAGGGGGAUUAUGAUGUUGUCAAGAAGGCAAAAGGUGAAAAAAACUUUCUACUUCUUAAACCUGAUGCUUUUAGACUAGAGUAGAUAUUACAUACAUGCCCCAAGUCUCCAACUAAUUCCCAGCAGAAGUUUGCCAGAAGUCUCAAGCACACCCAAGCCCUGGAGAAGAUUGAGGGUCUUCUUUGUUCCUGAUUCAUCCUUAAUGGCCUCACACAGCAGCUGAAAGAGGAGAGCAUUUGCUUGGUCUUUCAAAGAGUGGGGGACAGAGGCCACCUCAUUCUUCAGUAGUGAGCACAGCCUUCACUGAGUCCUAUCCAGGUGUUAAAGUGAGACAAGAGGUCAGAUUGGACCUACCCCGGCCCUUGCUUAUACAGUGUGUGGUAGUGGGUUCAGUUUAUAGUCCAGUGCAUGUAAAGCUUGAAAUGUAGUGGAGUUAGGAUUUCAUUUUGCAGUUUGGAGCUGCUGCCUCAGAAGGGGCUCUGUGAAUCCUACUCAUCAGUAAAGGGGAAAAGUUAGCAUAUUUCUUUUUCUCUAGUCCUGCCAACACCAUUUCCAUCCGGAAAAGGAAGUCCAGUUUUAGUUCUUGUCUUUUGUCAGACUUCAGGUGAACUGGAAUUUUCAUCUUAUUCUGUUCAUUUAACUUCAAGUAUUAAACUCCACACUAAGACCACAUACAGUAUAAAAACUCUCUCCCCUGAAAGUAUCAGUACAGAAGCCCCAAGUACAGCACUGUGGCCCUCAGUAACAGUGGGCCAGUGGGCCAUCCCUAUGCUUAGAAUCAGGUAGCAUCUAGAGUCAGUAUUUUUAUGGAGGAGAAAAAAAAAAAAAAAAAAAAAAAAAAAGAUGGUGGUUUUUAUACUGGGUCUGGAUUCAUAAAUAUUGAACCCUAAAACAUUAUAAGGUAUCUAGAGAGUAAAGGCUUCACAGACACUGAAGUACACAUUUCACAGAACAGUUUGGGGGGAGGCUAUUAGACCUAUCACGGUAGUAUCAUAUCCCAGGAUAUAUAUCUCUAAUCCCAGAGGCACCAGAGGUGGUGGGGAGAGAGUAGGAGGAAUAUUCACAGCAAUGUUGGUCCCUUGGUAGCACAGGAAACAGAAGCAAAGAACUGUCGUCCAUCCAGCUCCCAGGGCUGGCGGGCUGCAGGCGGGUUGGUGGAUGGAUUCACAGUUGUAGAGCAGUGGUUCAUGUAGCUGGCCAUGAUGAAGGUAGCUUCUGCAAUCUAAGGAGGCCAGAGAAGAAAGGAAUUAAGCUAGCCUUGGCUUGAGCACUGGCUUUCUCAAUUGGCUGUUGUAGUGAGUAUAUAACCUUCAUGGGCUUCAACUUUUCUCUCUCUCAAACUACCCACCCAAGCGAAAGUGUCCAGAGGGGAUCAUUAUUAUGAGAUUCAGGGACCCAGUGAAAUGGGACCCUUUUGGUCUGGAGUUCUGCAAGAUGUGCAGUGCCCUCCUGAGAAGAGGGCUUAUGUUCUGCUCUGGUUAUCUUAAUGGCCAUGGAAAAGGUCCUUGCGGAAGAGGUCAUGUAUCCUCUCCUUCGGCAGGGAUGAUAGCAGAAGGAGGCGGAAUUUGGCAAACUACAACUUCAAGAUUAAGAGUGGGAUAACAGGGUUUCUGGUUACUCUCAGAAGGGCAUCAGGAACAAUAAAUCAGAACUUAGUUUUAUGAUCCUUCCUUCCUAUUAAUUUUGAUGGUCAUUUCCUAUACUGAGUAGGAACAAUGCCUUAAAGCUAAUGAGGGCUUUUUGCUGUCUUAGAGACCACAAGGAAGGGGGAGAAUAGCAGAUACUGUCCCAUUCUGUGGCUAGUGUUGUGGCAGCAGAAUGAGAACAUAAAGUGAGAGCACCUUCAAGAGGACACUGCCCUGCCCUAGGGACAGCUGCAAGGAAGACAAGCAAAUGAGCACCAACUCAGGCCUGCAUGAUUCUGGGGUAUGCAAGAAUUACAAAAGCACGUUGAUCCAGCCUCUUUCUUACGGGGACCAUGGAGGUAUCCCACAUACCUCUGGCAAGAUGGCUCCUACAGGUGAUAGGAAGGAGAAUCAAAGUAUGAAUGUAGAGUCUUCCUAAUUCUACUUAAAAUGUUGGGACACUUUUACAUUUUAUCCCAUACAUUAUGGGAUAUUUGUUAACUAAGCAUUAUACUUAGUACAACACUGUGGAUGCAGGAAGGGAAGUAUUUUGUUUUCAGUGUACAGAGCAGGAAACUAAAGCAUACGCCAGUGACAUUUCUUGACCAAGAUCUCACACUGGAAUAUGGCUAGGACUCAAACCCCUAUUUUGAAUUCCCAGUCCAGCAUUCUGUAUGUAGUCUGUCUGUAGUGGGUAAGUUGGCUAUUGUCUCUACUGGGACAGCAGGCUGCCCUCUUCUGGGCACCACCGGAUCUGCAGAAAUUUCUUAAUAUUUCAGGCUGCAUGGUGAUUCCACCUGCCUGGAGAUUCCACCUGGGAGUCCCAAGAUGGCCUCCUGUCCCUUAUAUUUCCUGAACAGACAGAACCAUACCUGGGCCAUCAGGGCAGCCAUCUCAAGAGCCAGUUCUUUAUUGACAGGAAAUCUCCCUGCCACUAUCUCUCCACUGGUUUGGGAGGCAAGCAGCAGUCGCUCUCGCUCUGUCUCACCUUUGACUUGACUCCGAAAGUACAGCCUAUAGGGAAAAGAGUGAGAAGCCAGGUCUCAGCUGGGAUCCCAAUCAGGGAUGAAGCUUUCUCAGGAUCUUUUUGUCCUGAUUUCCAAAACAAACAAAACCCGCACAAUUCUUUGUACUAUAUCCUAAUGCCCCAGAAACAUAAUCAGAUAUGACAGAGCAGAUGCAGGACCAUGUAGAUCUCACAACCACAGUAGCAUGUGGUUAAUUCUGAAUUAGACUUACUGGAUUUGAUGAGAGGAAUCUGGUACCUGGAAUCAGUGUUUAUAAGGGUACUGGAUAAGUUAAGAUUCCAGGAGACUAAUGGAACUUAUUUGCCUGGCUAACAAAGCAUGGGCUGUCCAAGGUCUCAGGAGUGGAGCAUGAGAAGGGUCAGCCUACACCUCAGCUAAUGACCAUCAUGUAGUGUUGUAUCUGUGGGCCCCUCUGCCUGUCUAGGACAGGCCAUCCAAC